CUCAGGAAGCCUAAGGAGCAAUGCGCUUCUCAAGAAGCCGAAGGCGCGAGGCGCUUCCCAGGAAGCCUAAGGAGCAAAGCGCUUCCCAGAAAGCGGAGGAGCGUUGCACUUCCCAGGAGCGAUGCACUUCCCAAGAAGCCGAAGGCGCGAUGCGUUUCCGAGGAAGCCAAGGGAGUAACGCGCUUGACAGGAAGUGGAGGAGCGAUACGCUUCCCAGGAAGCCGAGGAGCGACGCACUUCACAAGAAGCCGAGGAGCGAUGCGUUUCGCAGGAAGCCGAGGAACGAUGCGCUUCUCAGGAAGCCGGGAGCAAAGCACUUCCAAGGAAGCGGAGGAGUGAUGCACUUCUCAAGAAGCCGAGGGCGCGAGGCGCUUCCCAGGAAGCCGAGGGAGCGAUGCGUUUCUCAGGAAGCAAAGGAGCGAGGCGCUUCCCAGGAAGCCGAAGGAAAAGCACCCCCCAGGAAGCCGAAGAAGCACUAAGCUUUCCAGAAAGCUGAAAGACUAAUUAGCUUCUCAAAAGGCGGAGUACUAAGCUUCCUAGAAGAGAACAAUUGAUCUUGCCUCACACAAGACAUUAACAAGACACAUGAAUUCCCGACAACAUGGACGCGACAUUGGUGAGACACGAAACAAGAGCAUCUUGAGUUAAAACUCUCUAGCCGUGGGGGCCACCCUACCUAGGUCACAAUUAUGGUCUACUAGCGCUAACAACAAUGGACUAGCGAAGAUACUCUUAACGACUUGAGAGUUUUGGUUCAAGACAUCGAAAGUCAAGCAAGGGGCAAAGGAAAUGAUCACGCAACUCGCACAAGGGGCAAACUGCAUCAUCCGGAUUCAUAAGUAAGGCAAAUUAAUACACGAUUAACGCAUUAUGUUACUCCUUCCAUUCUUACAGAAUACAAGAAGUAAAGGGGCAAUUGUUGGGAUAUGGAUUAAUAUGCCUACACGACUGUAAACGGGCUCAAGCCCACCGCAAGGCGUCCUGGGCCCAAGCCCACUCAAGGAAGCCCACACCCUAUAUAAGGAGGCCUAACCCUCCAAACUAGGGAUCCUCUCUUCUCCCUUCCUCACUUUCCCCUAAGGUCUCUCUCUACUUUAUCUCUCUACAUACCAUACACUCUCCUAUAUCGUACUAACUUGGGCGUCGGAGCGUAUCCCGGGGGUCGCCCCCCGCCUUACAGGUUCUUCCACUCUCGAGGAGAUCAGACGAGGGAGUCCAGAUCGAAGCCCCAUAACCGCCUAGUACAUUCUAGGCUCAAACAACAUGUAUGUAUUGCUCUAUAUGCUUGUGGUGAUAAGACAUGGAAAACUUUGACAAUCCCCACUACACCACCAUAACUAUUAGGGAAAAAAUCCCAAAGUACACUAGUUCUUAAAAAAAAUUCCCAAAAUACAUAAGUUAUAAAAAAAAUUCCAAAAGUACACAUGUUUGAGCAUCACCGUUUUAGACAAAAGCGGUGAAGGUCAUCACCGCUUUUGACUAAAACGGUGAUGUAUUCACCGUUUUUGACUAAAACGGUGAUGUAUUCACCGUUUCAAACUAAAACGGUGAUUGCUUCACCGCGUGAGAGAAAAACGGUGAAGCACUGACCUGCGUCCAAACUUUAAAACAACGUAACUUUGUGCUCGGUUAUCCGAUCGUAGCGAAUUUUUUUUUGAUUCCGCAUAAUUUUUUGAGAUCUUGCAAGCCGCAAACCGCCAGAGGCGGUUUGGUCCCGCCUUCGUCUCGAAAAAAUGUCGUUUGCUACCCCGAACGACCCUUUUUUCGAUUUCGUCAAACUUUGAACGACCAUAACUUUGUGCUCCACAAUCCAAAAAUCAUGAAUUUUUUUUUGAUUUCGCAUAACUUUUUAAGGACUACAAUUUUUAUCAUAGACAUAAUUUCGGAAUGUACUUGGAUUCCUGAAAAGGGAAGGUAAAGUUAUUCCCAAAACCCCUUAAUAUCCAUAAAUAAUUCAUUUUUUG